UACUAGUAGUAGUAACUCAACCAACCUUCCAGUUUCCUUUCACCCACCCAACAUUCACACCAACCACCACCCUCUACCCUGCAACACAACACACAAUGCCCCCAUCAAAAACAACAACCAGACUUCUCAUCCUCCUCACACCCCCCGCCCUCCUAACCUACACCACCCACCGCUACCUCUCCACCCUCGAAGCCAAAUAUCCCCCCGUCGACCCAACCACCACCACCAGCCUCGCUCUCCGCACACCAAGCAGCCCAACUCAACAUUGUCCGGAGAUAGAUGUCUACGAAGCGCGUGCAGUGCCCGUGAAGUCCCUUCUCAAGAGAUACAAACAUAUCCUCCAAAUCAAUGGACAAUCUCAACUCAUCACCGCCGAAGACAACCCCCCAAAAAAUGAAAAAGAAAGGAGAAAAGAAACCCUAACCAAAUCCUGGACCCUCACUUUCCUCAACACGGCUCCCCUCCUCCACGAAGCGAGUAUCUUCGGCCUGUUCUUGAACAGGUCCUACUCGCCAGGAGAUACAGGCCUUACUACACUAACCUCUACACCGACAACCAAAAAGGGGGAAAGAUUGCUGAACGGCAUCUUCACUAUUGAAUCCUUCACCCCGUCCCAUUCCCCCUCCACACCAAAUACACUACCAGGUUUAAUCCUCUCCUGGUCCAUACCCCCCGAACCUAUACUAUUCUUCGAGAAAAUGGCAAAAUGGGGCUAUCCAUUCCGGUUAAUGAGUGGCGGACGACACGAAAUCGGCAUUUCACCCGUAUAUAUCCAUGAAGGGGAAGAGGUCGUCGAUGUACGAUUCGCCUCAGCCCACGACUACGAGGUUCUAGAGUCCGAAGGGGGAUUAGAAUCCCAGAAAAUGAUUCCGAAGUGGACGGGGAGGUUACAUAGAGGCUAUGCUCGAUUCCUUCUCCAUUCUGCUAUUCAGGAUUUGGAGAUUUGAUGGGAAUUGUGUCUGUCGGGCUGUUGAUAUUAGGGUACGGGGAUGAGAGGUGUGGUUCAAUUGAUGAUUUGGUGGGAUAUAUAUACUACUUAACCACCACAGACUAGUUAAAUUAUAUAGGAUAGAGUAAAUAACUCCCCUCUCCAUACAUACAUACAUACAUACAUACAUACAUACAUCCCCC